UUCACGAUUUCAAUCCCAACUUUUGUCUUUCUUCGGUUUUGCCUCUGCUUUCAUUCGUUGAGUCUAUGCAACCUGCAAUCUCCGGUGUUCGAGAAUAUGCCAAAUCUCAAAAUACCUUUUUCCCAUUCAUGCAUCUUCCCGGUCAGCCUCAUUCGGUUUUACCUCUCUCCACAAUCGCUCUCAAUUUCUUGAAUCUUGCUUUUAACGGGUUAUUGGGGUGGAUUUCGAUUAUUUUGCUCUCAAUACUUGCUCCGAUUCUUCGCGUUGUUACAGGUGAUUUGGGUGUGUUUCUACACUUCUGCUUUUCAUACUUCUCAUUUAAUUUUGAUUUAGUGUAUUUCGUUCGUUAUAAUUUUUUUGUUGUUUGGAGUUUAUUUCCCUAUUCUUGCAAUUUGUUUUCCAUCUCUAAAUUUUCAGACAACGAAAAAAGUAUUUUGCAUGCCUGAGUUCUUCGAUUUAGGUAUACUGUGGUGUACUCCAUUACUUCAAUUUUGUUAGCUCUUUUUGUUGGUUUAUCGUGCUUUGUUUCUGCUGGUCAAGAAAAAGCGCUGGAUUUGUGCAGCUGUUCUUCUACCUGCAGGUUCACUUUCUGCUUUGAUGAGUUUGGUGUUUGGUCUUAUAUCUGUUCUUCUUCAAUCUACACUCCAACUCUGACGGCUCAGGUGAUAUUCUUUUAAGUUUUUUCCAUGUUUAAUUUGGCUUAAUGCCCUCUGUUUUAUUUAUCGUGGUUUGUUCAUCAUGAUAAAGGCAAAACUCUGAAUCUGUGCGGUGUCAACCACCCGUGUGUUAAUUCCUAACAAUUGGUAUGGGGAUUGGUAUGGCAAAACCUAACAAUUUAGAAAACAUAGGAUUUUAUCCUCUGUUACCACAAUCUCAAUGAGAUCUUCAAGAUUUUAUGCUUUUUUUUGGUAGAUUUUGUAGCUACUACGAAUUCAGGUGCGUGCCGUUUUUCUUUCCAUGAAGAAUUCUAUGAAUUUGAUUUUACAAUUAAAAUGUGAACUUGCGUUAAUCUUGAUGGUGUGGAUUGAGAUUUUGAAGUCAUUGCUCAUUGAAUUAAUAGUCAGAUUGUUGAUAUUUCAUUUUUAUUUAUCUCCUCCUUUGAUUGAGGAGGUUCGGCCAUUGAAAAGUAAACCAGGUGAAGAUGGAAGGGUAAUUUUGGCGAAGGAGGAUCAAAAGAACUGGAUGAGCUCUGCUCAGCUUUGGAGCGCUGACACGGAGUUCGAUUAGAGAAAACAAGACCCAACAUCAGAACUCUCACUGGUAUGCAUCAUUGGUGGCAGUAGAGUCAUUCAAAGGUGGACUAUGAGCAGUGACUUGCAUAUUGGAUCCUAUAUUCCUUCCUAACUGUUACAGAGACUUUCCUUCAAUCCAUUCUAGAAUGGCAGUACUUUGUUAGCAUGGAUGACUCUGUUCCACAAAAGUUGGUCGAAGAACCUAAACAAUCUUUCAACUAUAUGUAUUUUGUCCUCUUCAGUCUGGAAUUUUGUUGUCAAGAGACUGCCAGUCAAACAAUAGAGCUCAUCAAGUAAUAGAUGGAGUUUAACGGCAGUCGAAUGGGGAACUUUCUCCUCUUCCUUUUGGUUACAGUCGUGUGGUUGAAGCUGCUUCAAUUGCUCAGAAAUCGAAAACGAAGUAAUAUCUUUGCUAAUAGCAUCGUCCCUAUUGUAUACCACAAACUGUUCAAAUCAAGCUUCACCGUCUUCCUAUCCUCAACCUUAUCGAACAGCUAACGAGUCUAAGGCCAGGAUCAAGUGGAGCCGACAAGUUUAGUCAAAUGGGCCUCCUGGCAGAGUUUGCUCAUGGUUGUGCAUGAUUUUGUUGUUCCUGGAGCUAAUGGAUGUCUGUGAUUGCUCCAUGACAGUUUGCUCAUGGUCGAUGGCCUUCCAAACUAUUUCAUUAAACUCUUGAAACAAAACUAAUACAAUGCUGAAUCCAUUCUAUGUCGGUUAUAAAGUUAUACAGCACUGUGACAUUGCGUUAAGGGAGAGAAGAAGCAUCACAAUAACAAGGUUGAUGUUUAUAGCUUUGGGAUUGUCUUGCGGAAGCUGUUUACUAACUGCAUGCCAUUUGAAGGAAUAUACAAUUUACAGGCUGCAUAUGCUGCUGCUUUCAAGGAGUUGGCAGGCAUAUCGAUUAGAGUCUCUGUGCUGGGAUCUAAACCUAGACAGCAAGAGAACUAUGCUUGCUCCUCCAUUUUCUCCUCAUAUUAAGCAAUCAUUCACAAAAUCACUGCCACUAUUGAAGAACAAUAGCUGAAGAAAAUUGUACAUUCCCUUCUGCAUUAUGGAGGAAGAAAGAUCAAACUAAAUGAAGACCAAAAAAAACAAAACAGAACGAGAGAAUGGACGCAAACAAUAAUGCUACUACAUCCAACGGAGAGUUAAUUCAAUGUCAAGAUAUUUCCACGAAGACAGUCUCCAAUGGAGGAAUGAUUUAAGGGUUCAUCUUGGCCUUUAUUUUAAGCAAUGUUGUGCAUCACUAUCUCAACUCUCAAGUCUCUUUCACAACUGAACAUGGAGCAUUCCUGAGAACCUGUUGCAAAAGAGUACUAGCAUCAAUGGGAACAAGUCCUACUGUGCAACAAUUGAUAGUUUAUCUAUUGUGCAAAUAAAUAGACCUAGAUCAGUUCUUGCAAGAAGCACAAUACCGCUGGCUUCGUCUGGUUGAAAUGUGUAAAAUACUCCAGAACUACCAAAGGUUCCAGUUGAGUCAUGAUCCACCUAACAGGCCUGCAGGUGGUUCUUUGUUCUUAUUUGACCGUAAGGUGCCUCGCUAUUUUCGUAAAGAUGGUCACCGUUGGAGGAAGAAAAAAGAUGGGAAAACUGUCAAAGAAGCCCAUGAAAAGUUGAAGACGGGAAGUGUGGAUGUGCUCCAUUGCUACUAUGCCCAUGGGGAGGACAAUGGAAACUUUCAGCGACGAUGUUAUUGGAUGCUUGAUGGGCAAUUGGAGCACAUUGUACUUGUGCAUUACAGAGAUGUCAAAGAGAAGUCAUCUAGUGGCUCACAUUUGCUAGCAGAUUUGGAUUCUCAGCUUGAAAGCACUCAAAGAAGCUCUGUCCCUUGCUUUUCUCAGGCAGCCUCACCUACUACGGUUCCAACAUCUUUUGUCUCAAGUCUUAAUAGAGUUGAUUGGAAUGGGCAUACAUUAGCUUCAGAGUUUCAAGAUGUUAAUUCUGGGGAUGAUUUUGGGGCUUAUGCAAUUGAGACCUACUUCACAACUGGAAUGGAAAAACGUUAUCUUCAUUCUUCCAGUUUGGUCCCACCUCCAUGUUUUGUGGAUUUCAAAACCUCAAGCGGACAUGUAAAUGGUGUGCCAGACGAGAAAGUUUUAACCGAAAAGUGUUGUACAACUGACUUCUUUACUCCCAAACUUACUGAUGCUAGAUUGGAUGAGAACGGCCCCAUUCGGAGUAGUUUGAAUUCUCGAGAUAGUUUGAUUACUAACGUAGGAGGUGCCCAGGAACUAACAACUACUUCACAAAGAGGACAGUUGUCAAGGAGCAUGGUUUUAAUUUGUUAAAGCCUCAUGUUGAAGAUGAUUUUGCCCAUGAAAGAAAACUCCAUUCUACUACCUUUGGCAAUGAUGGUGUAAAUGGUAAAGAAUUGGGAGAGCUGAGGAAACUUGAC